UCAUAUUCAACAUCUUGGACAUGCGUCACACACAUCGUACCCUCUCUUUCUUCUCAUUUCCCCGUGUAAUCUGUUGUUUUUUAUAUCAUAAGUAAGUUUAUUGUGUUGAAUAAGACUGUUAUUAAGUUGAAUCUACUGUUGUUAAUUGUCAUUCCCCCAAAACAAUCUGUAUAUAUACAUCAUCACCACCUCUCUCCAUUGUCCCAAAACACCACUUACAUUUGCACUUUCAUUCUUCCGUAAUGUCAAGCAGAAGAUCGGCCCAAUCAUCAAAUGAGGCUGUAAGGCUCACUGAUGCUCAAAUUGUACAACUCCUCUCGAAGUUGCAACAACUUCUUCCCGAGAUUCGUAAUCGGCGUUCCAACAAGGCAUCGGCUUCAAAAGUGUUACAAGAGACUUGCAAGUAUGUAAGAAGCUUGCAUAAGGAGGUUGACGAUCUUAGCGAACGAUUGUCACAUUUACUGUCCACCAUCGAUGAUGAGAGCCCUGAAGCUUCAGUCAUCCGAAGUUUGAUUAUGUAAUAUUGUAUCGGUUAUAUAUUCCAUCCUACGUGUUAAUUUAUGGUGUUUGUGUACCUAAAAUUAGUUAUGUAUUAAACGUGCUUACAUACAUAUCUAUAUAGGGUUUAUAUUACCAUAUAUGUUGUACUGAUCAGAAAGUUAGUUGGUAACUUUAUAUAGAUAAUAUAUUGCAUCACUUUAAUCAUCGUCAAA